CACUCACCUCCUCGGCUGCCAUCUGUACUUCCUGGAAACGCGUUCAGAAAAACAACCUUGGUGGACUUAUCAUCGUUUCAUACUGCCUUUUUUUAAUCAACUCGUAGGUUAUAUACACAAAAAGACGACAGUUGACCUUUAAUGUCACAAAAUUUCCAAUGAUAACGUAAACAGGACAGCGAGGCGGAGGGCGAGGAACAGAAGUGGAAGAGAAAAGUGAGCUAAUGAGACUACAGUGGUGCCACUACUAACGGGUCAACCUGUAACUUAAAAUACUUUUAUCCGGUCGCAUUGUAAACAUUGAGCUCGGCGGUGUGAACCGGUUUUACUGUAACAUUUGAAAGGAAGACAGCUGGAAGUGUGUCACGGGUUAAGCUCUGUUGUUUCCGUGUUUCCUCUCAGAGCGCCACGUCAUUAAUCGGCGGAUGAGUUUGGUCCCAGCUGUGCGCUGCCGUUUCUGCCGUCACUCCUAUACCUCCGUUCGCCUGCAGCUUGCUGCUGUCCCGCUUUGCUUGACAUUUUCUUACCGAAGGGGGAAGAAGCGUCGCUUAGGAGAUUAAAGAUGACGGCGUCCAACUCGGGCCUCAUCAUGAACGUGGUGAACAGCAUCGUUGGAGUCAGUGUGCUCACCAUGCCCUUCUGCUUCAAACAGUGUGGGAUAGUGCUGGGAACUAUCCUGCUGUUCUUCUGUUCGUGGAUGACCCACAAGUCUUGUAUGUUUCUGGUCCACACGGCCAGCAGCACCAAACGAAGGACUUAUGCUGGACUGGCCUUCCACGCUUACGGGAAACCAGGAAAGGCACUGGUGGAAACGAGCAUGAUCGGUUUGAUGUUGGGGACCUGUAUUGCCUUCUAUGUUGUCAUUGCUGAUUUGGGCUCAAAUUUCUUUGCUCAGCUGUUGGGUUUACAGGUGACCGGCAGUUUUCGCGUGCUGUUGCUGAUUAUAGUGUCGCUGUUCAUCGUACUCCCUCUGAGUCUGCAGAGGAACAUGAUGGCCACUCUGCAGUCUUUCUCAGCUAUGGCGUUGAUGUUCUACACCCUCUUCAUGUUCACGAUGGUGCUGUCCUCGUUCAAACAUGGGCUGCUCAGCGGCUGGUGGCUAGGGCACAUCAAUAUGGUGCGCUGGGAGGGUGUGUUUCGCUGUCUCCCCAUCUGUGGGAUGGCCUUCGCCUGCCAGUCGCAAGUGCUACCAACCUACGACAGCCUCGAUGAGCCGUCUGUUAAGCGCAUGAGCACCAUUUUCACUUCAUCUCUCAACGUUGUUACCAUCUUCUACAUCACAGUGGGUUUCUUUGGAUACGUCAGCUUUACAGAGAAUAUCGCAGGGAACGUGUUGAUGAACUUUCCAUCCAACCUGGUGACAGAGAUGAUACGCGUUGGUUUUAUGAUGUCUGUAGCUGUUGGAUUUCCCAUGAUGAUCCUGCCCUGCCGCCAGGCCAUCAACACUAUGCUUUUUGAGCAACAACAGAAGGAUGGGACAUUUGCCGCUGGGGGUUACAUGCCUCCUCUGCGCUUCAAGAUGAUCACCCUGUCCAUUGUGUUUGGCACUAUGCUGGGGGGCAUUCUCAUCCCCAACGUGGAAACUAUUCUGGGACUGACUGGAGCCACUAUGGGCAGCCUCAUCUGCUUCAUUUGUCCUGCUCUCAUCUACAGAAAGAUCCAAAAGAACGGCAUCAUUGCUCAGCUGGUGCUUUUUGUUGGUCUGGGCAUCCUGCUGAUCAGCACCUUUACCACUCUCUCAAUUUCGGCCAGUAGCCCCGGUCCAAGGAUCCAACCUCCUCCUCCUGCACCUGGCAAGAACAGCCAGCAAGAACUACCAGACAUCCCUGAACUGCACGACAACCCUGCAAACAAGAAGCCAGUGGAGAUAGAAAAGCCUGACAAUCAUCUGCCUGUGGAGGUGGUGCAGCCUGUGGAGCGGGACCCAGGUGAGCCCCCCCAGAUUAAAGGACCAGUUGAUCUAUCGAAGGAGAAGAAGGACGAGGAGGUGCAGUUGGAUCGUCCUGAUGCGGGUGUGGCAGUGCCAGAGGGAGAGGCCCAUCGUCAUGAACCACCCAUUCCUCAUGACAAAGUCAUGGUAGACAGAAGAAAGAACAUUGCAGAGUUGAAAGACGAAAACAAACAACCUGUUGCUCCUGCAGAAGGUGGUGAAGAAAAACCUCUAAGAGGCAACGAGCUAGAUUUUGAGAAUGCUUUGAAGGUGGAAAACAAAGAUGACAAGGUUGAUGAAAAACCUGCAAAAGAAGAGGAUCUGGGUGGAGGUGAGGUCUUGUCGAACGAGCUGGUUGAUAAGCCUGUUGCAGAAGCAGGCAAAAAGUUGGAUGUUGCCCCAUUAAAAGAGGGUGAGAAUCUCAAUGCUGUUAAAGAACCCCUUGCAGAUAAUGCAGGUGUAGUGGCCAAUCAGGCUGCAGAAGCCAAUCAGGAUGCGGCAGCCCAAGUCCAUAAAGUGGGGAAAGCUGCAGAUGCUGCAGAGAAAGCUCCAGCUGCUGAAGGAGAGCAUCGCCCUGCUGGAGAAGAGGCUCCAGCUGCUGAAGGCAAAGAUGCAGCAGAUGACAAGAUGGAAGUGAUAAAAAAGCUGGUUGCAGAGGGUCAGCUGGACCACGCGGUGCUUCUGCAGGUCAUUAAGGAGCAACAAGAACAACAGAAACGGCUUCUGGACCAACAGGAAAAACUAUUGGCUGUCAUAGAAGAACAACACAAGGAAAUCCACCAGAAACAACCUGCUGGGGGCGCUGCUGAAGGCGAUGGUGAGAAAGGCAUCCAAGGACAACCAGAAAUGAUGGAAGGUGGAGCAGCAAAACCUAAGGAGUCUGGACUGGAGCAGUCCAAGGAGGGAGCUGGAGCUCCACAAGAUGGAGGAAAUGAGGCUCAUGCUCUGGCCCAGAAUCAAGCUCAGGUUGAAGAUAAAGGUGCUGAAGCUAACCCUGCAAAAGUAGCCAUACCAGCAGCUUACAAGGAGGAUGCAAAUGUUGCACUCGCAGGAGAAUCACAUAAGGAAAGUGAGGUCGGGGCGAGGGGAGUGCCAUUGGGAAAGCAAAAACUUGAACCUGUAGCUCAGAAUGAUCACGCAGCCCAGUUACCAAAAGAAGAGGCAAUUGAAAAACUUAAGAAAGAAAUGGCAGGCAUAGAAGAUCAGGCAAAACAAGGAAAAGAACGGCUGGAGAGGGAAAUAAAGGAGAAGCUAGCCAGGGAAGAGGAGUUAGAGAGGGAAAGAUCAGAGAGAGAAAGGAUAGAGAAAGAAGUUCAGGCAAGAUUAGAAAAAGAACGGCUAGAAAUGGAGAGAAAAGAAAAGGAAAGGCUAGAGAAAGAAAUGAUAGAAAAGGAAAGACAGGAAAUGGUGGCCAAACAAGAGUUGGAGAGGGAAAAGAUAGAGAAAGAAGUUCGAGAAAGGCUGGAAAAAGAACGACUGGAAAAGGAAAUAAAAGAGAAUCUGAUCAGAGAGCAAGAGCUUGAGAAAGAAAAAGCAUUAAAAGAGAAACUUGCACGCGACAAAGCUGCAAAAGAGCGAUACGAGCAGGAGCUGCAGAAAGUUGAGAAUGAAAUACUUGAUAAAGCAAAGAAAGAGGAGGCAUUGCAGGAGGCUCAGGAGAGGCUGCUUCAGCUGCAGCAGGCCAUAGAAGCUCAAAAUGCUGGAAAAGCUGCACAGGGGGGCAAGAUAGAUGAUGGUGAGGCUUUGAAGAAAGGAGGACGAGACCUCAAAGAGAAAGCUGUUGCUCAGCCAGAACCCGGAGAAGGGGAGGAAGAUGGCGAGGUUCACCCCCAGGGCUCCCACGAGAAGGUUAGGAAGCAGGGAGAGAUAGAUCUGAAGCGGAGGCGUAGGUCACUCGGAGAGGCUAGAGGGCCCCUGGAGGACACUGAGGCGUCCAGGGGGGUUCCAGGGUUGGAGCCCCUGCUGGAGCUGGGGGGUCCAGAUCUGCACGCAGCCCUGGAGGGGCAGCUACUGGCUGGGGCAAGGCUACACACACGGCAGAUUAAACAGGCCUCAGAGGAUGAAGAAGCUAAAUAACACACACACACAUUCUUAUUUAGCGGUCAAACACAUACUGUAGACCUGCAGAACCUCCUAAUACUGUGGACCGUGAUAUAGCUGCCUUACAUUCUCUUUUGCCUUCAGAGUUGUUAAGAAGUGGACCAUGUUGUUUUUCUUGAUACUGAGUAAUCUGCCAGGAACCCAAAGUCUUUAUCAAAGAGCAAAAGUGUAUGUAAAUAUUAACUUAUUUUUGUUUCCAGAGAAAAUUUUGAAGAGGUCAUUGUUUAAAGUGUAUAUACAUCUAUGCAAUUACCUUUCUGUGGAGUGUUUUUGAUAGGGACAAUAUUCGUAUUUGAGUCACAUGUACUCCUUUUCUCAUUCAGUUGUUCCUUGGUCUUUGUAAAUGUUGUAAAUGCUUUUAAAUGUGAUCCAUGUAUUUUCUUAUAGAACCCGUUUACCCCAAAUUUAAUGUACUGUGGCUUCAGGCCCCUUGAUAGUGUUUUUGCUUCAUGCUUUCAAAAUGAGGUAUUUAACUACACGCUGGAGUUUUGAGAUAUAGAGUAGCCUUACUAUUUCCAUAAACUGUGGACAACAGAGCAGCUCAAACCAGACAACCUGGAUCAAUACCUGUAGUUUCUAAUCAUUCUAUCUUUAUUCCUAGUAUUUCUUCCAGGUUGAUUUAUUAGUGCCUUCCACUUAACAUACUACAGCGUAUGUUUUACUCAUACAAAAUGUGCAGUUUUUUCCCCUCAAUAUGUGGUCUUUUUAUUCCACUAAAUGAUCUUAUUUGAAGAUAUAAUAAUGGAAGGUAUUUUGGACUUCUGUAUUGUCUUUCAUUGGCUAGCACUUCAACACAUUGGACCUUUGCUUUAUAAAAGAGGCUAUUUUUGUGACUAUUUUUCUACAUGCAUGUUAUUUCUGUACAUUUUGCUGAUAAAAAUUAAUAAAGCUCAUAUAUCGA